AUGUAUGACACAGUGAUGAAAGUAAAGACAGAAAUAAAAUUCAUAAAAUUACAAAAUUUAGCAGACAUACGGGUACAAACAAUCCAAGAAGUCAAUUUUGCUCCAAGAGAGCAAUUAAAUCGAAUUGCUGGCUUGGCUUGGUCCCCAAACCAUCAGAAGCUUGCCGUAGCGUCUGCUGACCGUUACAUUCUGCUAUUUGACGACAGUGGCGAGCGACGUGAUAAGUUUUCUACCAAACCAUCGAAUCCAGCUAACGGAAAGAAUUCAUAUGUCAUUCGUGGUGUUGCCUUCAGCCCAGAUUCAACCAAGUUGGCGGUAGGGCAAAGUGAUAAUAUCGUAUACGUUUAUAAACUCGGAGAAACGUGGACCGAUAAAAAAGUUAUUUGCAACAAGUUUCCUCAAAGUAGUGCGGUUACAGCACUAAUUUGGCUAUCUUCAGGAGCCAUAAUUGCAGGACUUGAGGAUGGUAAAAUUCGCGCUUUGCAUUGCAAAAGCAACAAAUCCCAGAGUCUUUAUGGUGUCGACAGUAUGUGUAUAACAUUAGCUCCGAACACGAGAGGAACUGGAUUUCUUUCUGGACACAAUGAUGGUACGAUUAUUCGUUAUUUUAUAACAAAUGAUGCAAACGAAUCGUCUGGUCGGCUGAUUCAACACCCAGUGCCACCAUUUGCAUUAGCUUGGCCUCAAGGUGGAUUUUGUGCAGGCGGUUGUGAUCAGCGCAUAGUUUUCUACGAUGCGGCGGGUCGGCAGAUGCGUACGUUUGAUUACUCGCGCACAGAAAAAGAGCGAGAAUUUACAGUCGCCGUUUCUAGCCCAAAUGGACAAGCUGUAGCAUUCGGUAGUUUUGACCGAAUUCGCAUAUUUACUUGGAGUCCGCGGUUAGCGGCAUGGAAUGAAAGUGCAACCAAAGAUAUUAAUUUCCUCUAUACCGUAUCCUCAAUGCUUUGGCGAAAGGAUGGUGCACGAUUAUCUGUUGCUUCCGUAACGGGAGCUGUAAUAUUGUUCGAGUCUGUUUUGAAACGCACUAUUUGGCAAGAUAAGUUUGAACUGAUCUUUGUUGCCCCCAGUCAACUUUUAGUCAAAUCUUUACAAGACCCUACCCAGCAAAUGACCAUUGAGUCACAAUUGGGAUCGGAAAUCGAUGAUGUACGCAUUAUGGGGAAAGAUAAUUACUUAGUAGCUCGAACGGAGGACUCUCUUAUUUUAAGUGACUUGACACGCAAUUUAGUAAGUGAAGUACAAUGGACUGGAUCUGGACGACACGAGAGAUUCUACUUCGAGAAUCCAACGGUUUGCUUAAUAUUCAAUGUCGGUGAGUUGAGUUUAGUCGAAUAUGGAGCAAACCACAUAUUAGGAUCAGUGAGAACAGAAUUUGUGAAUCCACAUGUAAUUUCCGUUCGUGUUAAUGAAAGAGGCAAUGCAAGAGAUAAUAAGAAACUCGCCUUUCUGUUGGAUGCCAAAACAAUUUGUAUCGUGGACCUAUUGACCCAAAUGAUUAUUGGUCAAGUUACCCACGAUACUAAAAUUGAUUGGAUCGAAUUAAGCGAAACAGCUCACAAACUUCUGUUUCGUGACAAAAAAUUCAAAUUGAUUCUGUUUGAUAUCUACUCUGCAAAAAAACAAACCUUGUUAUGCAACAUCUCGUUUGUGCAAUGGGUACCACAGAGCGACGUAGUCGUGGCUCACGCACAAAACAAUAAUCUCGCAAUUUGGUACAAUAUCGACUUACCGGAACAUGUAACAUUGAUGCCUAUACGUGGUGAUCCACUUGAAGUAACACGAGAAGGGGGUCGUACAAUGGUUCGCUCAGUAGAAGGACCAACAGAGCAUACGUAUUUCUUAGACGAGGGGCUAGUGGAGUUCGGUACAGCCCUUAAUGAUAGUGAUUUUGGUCGAGCUAUUCAUUUUUUAGAACAUUUGGGUGACAAACCUUCCGCUAAGGCAAUGUGGCAUAAUUUAGCUGUAAUUGCACUUGAAGAUGGCAAUUUACGAGUAGCUCACCGCUGUUAUGCUGCUCUAUCCAAUGUAUCGAAAGCUUUUUUUCUGCAACAAAUUAUAGAAGAAGCAGAUAAAUUUGAGGAAGGUACUGGUACACCUGGCAUUAUGUGUCCAGAAGUACGCGCAAAGUUAGCGUUGCUAAAUUCCGACGUACGUACAGCAGAACGCAUUUACUUGGAACAGGGACACAUUGAAGCUGCAAUUGAAAUGUAUAAAAUGCUUCGCAUGUGGGAUGAAGCAGUUGGGUUGGGAGAGAAACGAGGUUACGUUAAUCUGCAACAACUUAAAGAAGAUCAAAUGUCAUUCUUACUUUCGACUGGGCAGGAAGAAAAAGCGGGCCAUGUACUCGAAAAACAAGGAGAACCUAGAAAAGCGAUGAUCUUGUUCCUUAAAGCAAACAAACCUGCCAGGGCAGCAAAGUUAGCGCUGAAAACUCCACAGCUAAUGGAAGACGAAAAUCUAAUGGUUAAUGUGACAGAUGGACUUAUCAAGUGUGAACUUUUCGAAAUGGCAGGUGAUAUUGCAUUUAAGCUAAAUCAGUCAGAUGUUGCCUUGGAGUUGUAUCGCAAAGGUGGUGCAUACGCCAGAGCAUUAGAUUUAGCUCGAACGGUUGCACCGGAUGAUGUUACCAUAUUGGAAGAAGAAUGGGGUGAUUGGUUAGUGCAACGAAAGCAACUUGAUGCUUCAAUCAACCACUAUAUUGAAGCAGGAGCUACGCAAAAGGCUUUAGAAUCAGCGGUUGGUGCGAAACAAUGGCGCAAGGCUGUUCAAAUAGCAAAAGUACUCGAUGAACCUGAACAAAUACAAAGGUUUGCUUUGGACUUAUCCAAACAUUUGGCUUUUUCGGGGGAUAUUAAUGGUGCGGAGGACUUAUUGGUACGAGCAAACUUAUUCAAGGAAGCAAUUCAGUUGCUUAAUCGUCAUGGUAAAUGGGAACGAGCAUAUUCCAUUGGAGAAAAAUAUCUUAAAUCGGAUGAAAUGCGCGAUGUAUUUGUGAAUUUAGCUACAAGCUUGGAAGAGCAAGGAAAAUAUAGAGAUGCUGAGAAAGUUUUGCUGGCAGUUAAUGAGCCUGAUCUUGCUAUUGCGAUGUAUAAGCGGCGGGAACUAUAUGAUUCCAUGAUAAGACUUGUGGAGCGAUAUCACAAUGAUCUACUCGAUAGUACUCAUCUGCACUUAGCUAGACAAUUAGAAUCAAAAGGUAAAUUCAAAAAUGCUGAAGUGCAUUUCAUAGCGUCAGGGGAUUGGAAAUCUGCGGUUCAUAUGUAUUGCUCUACGGAACGUUGGGAGGAUGGGUAUCGUGUUGCGAAACAAAAAGGUACCGAAGGCGCCAGCAACCAAGUAGCGUACAUGUGGGCUAAAUCAAUGCCAGUAGAAAGCGCUGUGCGGUUACUAAACAAACUGGGUCUACUAGAUACUGCAGUAAGUUUUGCAUGUGACUCUGGACAGUUUGAGUUUGCUAUGGAUCUAUGCCGACUAUCAGGCAAACCAACAGAUGAAGUACAUUUAAAAAUUGCAAUGUCUUAUGAAGAUGAAGGAAAAUUCGGAGAAGCUGAAACUGAGUUUAUAAAGGCAAAUAAACCUAAAGAAGCCAUACUUAUGCACAUACAUUCUGGCGACUGGCAGGCUGCACUGAACGUUGCUGAAAUUUACCUACCAGAAGAAGUUUCGGAAGUACUUAUUGCACAAGCGAAUACUUGUUUAGAAACACAUAACUAUAGUGAGUAUGAAACUCUACUAAUACGUGCUCAACGACCGGAUCUUAUAGUGGCCUUCUACAAAAAAGAGUCCAUGUUUGAAGAAGCAAUGCGUAUAGCUGAAGAGCAUUAUCCAUCAGCAAUGAACGAUAUAAAGCGUUUGCAAGCUCAUGAAAAAUCCCGCGAAACUAAUUCAAAUAAAAAUGAAAACGAUGAAUCAAAAGCAUAUCUUCAAAAAGCUGCCGAAUUUGCUAAACGAGAAGAGUUUCGUAAAUCUGCAGAGUGUCUUUUACAGAUAAACUCCACUAAUGCUGACGCUGCAACCGUAGAACGCGCCUUACUUAGUGCCGCGGAGAUAUGCAAUCAAUUUUUAGAGGGUAAAGAUGCCACAAGCAUUGCAACUCAACUAGGACCGCGGCUUUUCCAAUCAAAACAAAUAGGGCCUGCGGCACAGCUCUAUUUGGCGGCAGAUAUGCCAAAAGAAGCAGUAGAUGUUUUCAUUAAAGCCGAACAAUGGUCAAAAGCAAGACAUUUGGCAAAAGAAAUUGAUCCAGAAUUAAUGACCUAUGUAGAACAGCAGCAGAAGUCGCGUUUGAAGAAUGAAGGCAACAUUGAACAACUUGCAGAUAUAGAUAUCAUGAGUGCUUUGGACAUGCUAGCUGAACAGAAUCAAUGGCAACGCUGUCUCGAUCGUGCGAAGCAAAUAAGUUCACAAGCUUUACAUAAAUACGUUGCAUUAUACGCCGCCCAACUUUUAAAUAAUAACGACAGCUCGUCUGCGCUUAAUCUGUUUUUGAAUUACGGAGCACCUCCGAGCGAAGCAAAUUUUAAUCUGUACAAAAAAUUGUCCAUGGAUUGCUUUGCGUUAUGCGAAGAUCAAGCUGCAAAUGGUCUCUGGAAAAAGCUACGAGAUUUUCUAUAUAAGUUGUUUCAGUCGUUGAAAACUUCGGAAUAUGCACAACAUACGAUUGUCGAAAGCAUCGAUUCAUUUCUGCUAAUAGCGCAUUAUUAUGCAGUGCGAUCAGCUUGCAGACAAGUGCAAUCAUUGCAGGCAGUAGCUCUACGAUUGUCUAUUGCUUUGUUGAGGCACUCAGACAUUAUACCAGUCGAUAAAGCUUUUUAUGAAGCUGGUAUUGAUUUGCGUAGUGCCGGUCGCGAAGCAGAGGCAUUUGUUAUGCUUAACCACUACUUGGAUGUGUGUGAAGCUAUUGAAGAUGGUUCAGGACUUAUAGAUCAUGCUGACUUAGCAUCAACAGACAUUCCAAGUUCAGUUCCAUUGCCAGAGGAAAUACACCUUAAAAAUAAUACAGAUUUGCAUGAAGAAAUCCGUGAGUGGGUUCUUGCUAUUAGCAUGGAUCAACAAGUUGAUCAGGUAUUACCAAUUGAUGACCGCGGACUAUAUGAAGCAAGUUUAGGAAAGGAUGAUGUAGUCUGUUUAUUAAGUGCAUACCCUGUACGGGGGCGUCAGCCUGUAACUUUUUCAUCAUCAACUAGACAAGCAAAUCGCGAUGUUUGGAGUAAAUUUUCUGUUGCAGUUAAAAUGUCCCCAUCCAGUGAAAUAGCAGAUGUUAUUUACUUUAUAGAAAAAUGGAAUGGUCAAGCAAAUUACAAUAUUCAUUAAAUCAACUGGAGA